AAGUAUUUUGCACAAAAAUAACUAAUAUCUCUUAAAGAGAAAAUGGCCUCUUCCAAAGCAAUCCAAAUCAUCUUCCCUUUUACCCUUCUAUUUCUUUCCCUCUUCCCUAAUCUAAAUACAUCAUCUCCAAUGAUCUUGAAACAUAACUCCCACAACAUGAACUCAUCCAAUUCCUUAAUGUUUCUCAAGAAUCUCCAAGGAUGUCAUUUAGGUGAUACAAAACAAGGCAUUCAACAAAUAAAAAAAUACCUUCAACGUUUUGGUUACAUUACUACCAAUAUCCAAAAACACUCCAACCCCAUAUUUGAUGAUACUUUUGAUCAAGUCUUGGAAUCUGCCCUAAAAACAUACCAAACAAACCACAAUCUUGCACCCUCAGGAAUCUUGGACUCCAACACCCUUGCUCAAAUAGCCAAGCCUAGAUGUGGAGUCCAAGAUGUAAUCAAAAACAAAAAAAGAAACCAAAAUUACAAAAAUAAUGGCCAUAUUCAUUUCCACAAAGUCUCUCACUUUACUUUCUUUGAAGGAAACCUCAAAUGGCCGUCUUCAAAGUUCCACUUAAGCUAUGGAUUCCUCCCAAACUACCCAAUUGAAGCAAUAAAACCAGUGUCAAGAGCUUUCUCAAAAUGGAGUUUGAAUACCCAUUUCAAAUUUUCACAUGUUGUAGAUUAUAGAAAAGCUGAUAUCAAAAUAAGCUUUGAAAGAGGCGAACAUGGAGACAACGCUCCGUUUGACGGUGUGGGAGGAGUUUUAGCUCAUGCUUAUCCACCAACGGAUGGAAGGCUUCAUUUUGAUGGUGAUGAAGCUUGGUCUGUGGGUGCUAUUUCAGGUUAUUUUGAUGUGGAAACUGUGGCUUUGCAUGAGAUUGGACAUAUUCUUGGGCUUCAACAUAGCACUAUUGAAGAGGCUAUUAUGUUUCCAAGUAUACCAGAGGGAGUUACCAAGGGUUUGCAUGGUGAUGAUAUUGCUGGAAUUAAGACUCUUUAUCGAGUUUGAUACGAUUGAUACUCUCAAAUGAUAUUUAAUUUGUGUAUACUUUUAUUGGUUUUCGUUAGAAUUUAAGUUCAUUAUUAUAUGAAAAGUACAUGUACAAUGUCUUAUUGUGGUUGAAUAAUGUUUAGGCUUGUUGUAUUAA